AUGAAUCUAAAGCACAUCGUAGAUUACAUAGAUAAUUAUUUAACAAAGAAUAGAGAUAAAACCCGUUUGAGUAGAAUUGUAAAAUUUCAAAGAUUCUUAUCGCAGAAACUCUGCUGCUUGUGUUGUGGCAAACGCACUGGUAAUUUCAUGUGGACGCUCUACAUGUUAGUGAAAGUCCUCUACAUCGUUAAUGUCAUCGGUCAGCUGUUUAUUCUGAAUGACUUCAUUGGUUCUAACUACCACGUGUACGGCUUUGAAGUAAUGAAGGAUCUAGCCAAGGGAAAUGACUGGAGAACUUCCCCCGUCUUUCCCAGAGUCACGCUAUGCAGUUUUAAAAUGAGAGUUCUAGGAAACGUCCAAAGACACACAUUGCAAUGCGUUCUUCCAGUGAAUCUUUUCAAUGAGAAAAUCUACAUUUUUAUUUGGUUCUGGUAUGUGUUUGUCGCCGCUGCCACGUGUCUCAAUUUCCUCAAUUGGUUACUUGAAUCGCUCAGUUCCAUAAGGAGAGCGUUCUUCAAAAAGCACCUUGCCUGGACGGGACGCCUUCAACCAAACGGCAACUCGGAAUCAGAUAGGAAACUUUACCGCAUGUUCACAGAGAAGUACCUGCGCCCAGAUGGUUACUUGAUAAUGCGUUUCAUUGCGGUUCAAUGUUCGGAGUUUGUUGUAUCUGACAUUGUUGCAGCCUUAUGGGACAAUUAUAAACGCAUGAAUCCAUUGAAAGAAGGAUUUCUGGAGUUUACAGAGGACGAGAAAAACUCAGAUAUAGAUAUGUAA